AUGCCCGCGCGUCUUCAGCACAAGUCUGCCUUGAUCACAGGUGCUGGCUCGGGAAUCGGCUUCGAGUCGUCCCUGCUCUUUGCCCAGGAGGGCGCCAACGUCCUCCUCGUAGACGUCAAGCUCGAUGCUGUCGAACGCGCAGCCAAGCUUGUCCAGGAGCGCAACCCUAACAUCAAGGCUGUCGCCUUCAAAGCCGAUGUCAGCAUCGAGGCCGACAUCAAGGCUGCCGUAGACAAGGCCGUCGAGCUCUUCGGCCGUCUCGACUUCAACAAUGCGGGAAUCAUGCACCCCGAAGACGAUAACGCCCUCAAUACUGAGGAACGCAUCUGGGACCUCACUAUGGCAAUCAACCUCAAGGGCGUCUGGUGGGGCUGCAAAUACGCCAUCCUCGCCAUGCGCAACAACCCCACCGACCCCACCAAGAGUCUCCACGUCGGUGGCAGCAUCAUCAACACCGCCAGCUUCGUCGCUAUCAUGGGUGCGGCGACCCCACAACUGGCUUACACGGCAUCCAAGGGCGCUGUCUUGGCCAUGACGCGUGAGCUUGCCAUGGUCCACGCCCGCGAAGGCAUCCGUCUCAACUCCAUCUGCCCUGGUCCUCUCAAGACGCCUCUCCUGAUGGACUUCUUAGACACUGAAGAAAAGCGCCAGCGCCGGCUGGUCCAUCUUCCUAUGGGUCGCUUCGGUGAGGCCGUCGAGAUCGCCAAGGGUGCACUCUUCCUGGCAAGCGACGAUAGCAGUUACGUGACGGGCAUCGACUUCAAGGUCGACGGUGGUCUCACGUCAUGCUACGUUACGCCCUUGGGCGAGCAGCGCCUGCCCCCACCGUCCAGCUUGAUCUAG